GUGCACAGAGUUGCCUUAGUCAGACUGCUCCACACACACUAGGAGGAAGAUGGCUGCUCUACUGCUGCUGUUGUUUAGUGCUGGAGUCCUGCUGCCUUCUAUUGAGGCUCAGGAGGCUUAUAGUAAACUCCCUGAUAAAUACAGGAAAGGAGUGGAUCUGGCCCUGCAACAACUCAACUCUCAUUCUGGAGUCCAGCACCAUUUUCUCUUCUUCAAGAGUCUCCUGAAGUCCGACAUAGAGUCUGGGUUUAAUGUACAAUACAUCUACCACAAUUUCUACUUGAAAGCCACCACAUGUGCCAGGGGAACCGUUAAUCCAAGCCAUCAGCGAUGCCAAUUCAGGAAUGACCGACCACUGAUGGACUGUGGAAUUUGUUACAAAACAUUUGCCGGAGAGAUUGAGAAAGACCCCAAGCCGUAUGUCCACUGUCUCCACAAACCGAAACUAACAAAGGCUAUGUCGACAACAAGACAAGAGCACUGUCGCAAGAUGAGCUACACCAGUGGAGCCCCUACUCUCCUAUCCAGCACCAAGAAUGAAACUGAUGAGUGAAAUACCAUAGAAUAGAUGGUUCAUAAGACAGAAUUGAGAAUGUACUGCAUUUACAACACACUGGUGUAAUUUUUAGUUUGUGCCAAGAUCACUAUUGUUUAAAGGGCAAUUCCACCACUUUUCAACCUCAUAUUCAUUAUCUCCAGCACCAUACCAGUGUCUAAAAAAAGAUCUAGUGAAAAAGUGCAAUUUGAUGAUGUCAUCAAAAGUAAAAACAUUUUAAAAACAGUGACUUUCCAACACUGAGAUUCAUGGACACGCAGGAGCAGGAAAAUGCCCUUUCCCUGGCUAGAAACUCGUUGCCGGUUUUGAAAAUCACAGUUUUUACAUUUAAUCCUACUCACUGACGUCAUCAAGUGUAUAUAUUGUAUUUUUUUUUUCAGCUUUCUUAGCUUUUUAACCACAAAAUGUAGAAACGUGCCCUUUUCAUACACUGAUUUUGUGCUGGAGAUAAUGAAUAUGAGGUUGAAAAGUGGUGGAAUUGCCCUUUAACUACAUUUUAUAACAUUUGAUAACAAUAAUAAUUUAUUGAAUGUGCACGUACAUGUCUGUAUAUAGUGUACUAUUUAGUAUCUCAGCUACACUGAAAUCAUUUUAAAAAACGACACAAAAAUUACAAAACUACACAAAAAUGACUGAAAUCUGUAUUACUGAAAUCUGUUUACUCAAAGUGGUGAGCCAUUGCCAUAUUGAUUUCAUGCUUCCCUUUUCCAAAUCCAACAAACAACUUCAUGACUAGGCAGACUACGAAUCAACCAUUUGACUCUGUUGUGUUGUGAGACAUUGUUUUCUAGAUAAUAAAAUUCAUAGAAGAUUUAGAAAAUGG